AUGACUAUGAAUAAUUGCCGUCAAAGUAGUAAUAAAAGUCCUAACCCUGGUAAUAUUCAAUAUUUACCAAACCAUGUAGAAGCCCAACAAAAAAUAAAUGAAAUAAAAACUGCCAAAGACGAGAAAAUAGCCUUAGUAAAUAGUAAAUGUGGUUUUCCAUCUUUAAAGAGUGUUCCUAAUAACCAACAAAGAAAAACAAACUUUACCGAAUAUUUUGCGGUUGUAGAGCCAGAAUUAAAAGCAAGAAAAUUUAAAUCCUCUUUUGCUACCCAAACUAAUUAUCAAGUAGUUGGUCGCAGAAUCGAACAAACAAUCAAUCCUCGACUAUCUUCCCUUUGUUCGCAAUUUUCUAGCCUUUCAGAUGCCAAAGGAUUAAGCAAAUUAAUUAAUAAUUACUUAGGAGAAAUAUUAAAAGCUAACAUUUAUGCCGAACUUGCUCACGAUGAUCUAGCCAAACAGUUAAAUAUUUCCAGUCAUCAAAAGUAUGAAUUACAACAAACGGGUAAUAACACUACAAAUACUAGUUGA